AUACGUCUUUGCUUUCUCGCUGAAUUUCAGUUACAUUAAUCUCAUGGAUUCCUACCUUUAUACUUCCUGCUCUUAACUAUUUAUAAUAGACUAAGAACACAGGGACGUUUUAUGAACGCUUCAACCUUUUUAUCAGCCUCAUCUUGAUGUCAGGUCAAUUCCACCUUCACACCCUAAAAAGCUUCAAUUCCAUCACUCAAUUUUUACUUACCUACUCCGAAACCAAAAAUCUAAGAGGCGUUAAGACUCUCUAUGCCCACCUAUUUAGAACAGGCUUACUCUACUCUGCCGACAUUAUUCAAACUAAACUCAUUUUUGCGUACACGAUAUGCCUUCACAAAAACAACCUUAAAACCUUUACGAACUGCUUUAAAUUUAUAAACCACAACAACCCAUUACCCUUUAAUGUUCUUAUAUCUGAUUUUUGUAGAAAUGGGUUAUUUUUUUGUUCUCAAAAAACCUUGUCUUUCAUGCAUUUUCAUGGUGUUCCUUUAGAUACUUAUGCUUUAUGUAGUUCUUUGGCGGCAUCAUCUUCUACAAAAGAAGUUACAUUUGGAAAAGAAGUACAUGCCCAUGUUAUAAAAUCUGGCUGGUUGUCUAGUGUAUUUGUGGGCAGUGCUUUGGUUGAUUUGUAUGCAAAAUUAUCAUAUCUUACUGAUGCCAAAAUGGUAUUCGAUGAAAUUCCCGUAAAGAAUAGUGUGUCUGCAAAUGCGCUUUUAUGGGGUUAUUGUGAGGCUAAAUUCUGGGUUAAGGGUCUUGAAUUAGUUCGAUUGAUGCCGAUGCUGAAGUUAGAGUAUGAUCACUUCACAUUAUCAGCAAUGUUACGUGCCUGUGCUGGACUAUCUGCCACCGAAUUUGGUAGGCAGGUGCAUGCUUAUUUGAUACGUAAAUUCAAUGCGGAAGAGAAUGAUGUAUAUAUGCAGAGUUCCUUGAUUGAGAUGUAUGGUAAGUGUGGUUUAGUGUUGAAGGCAUUGCAUGUAUUCAAUUUGGCCGGUUAUAGGCCAAGAGGUGAAAGAAACAAGGAUGUUGUUCUCUGGACUUCAAUGCUUAGUGUUUGCGGUAGAAGCGGACAUUUUGCAGAUGUGAUUAAGUUAUACAAUGCAAUGUUGAGGGAAGGAAUAAUACCAGACGCAGUGGCAUUUGUGAUAGUAAUUUCAGCCUGUGGUCACACUGGCCAAGUCAAACUUGGGAUUGAGUAUUUUGAAACCAUGGUUCGUGAUUACAAUUUGGAUCCUGGUCCAGAGCACUAUAGCUGCUUAGUUGAUUUGUUAUGCAGGGCAGGUGAAGUGGAUAAAGCAUGGAAGCUUAUAAAUGAGAUGCUCAAUAAAGGGCAAGGCACAGGCAGUGUUUCUAUGUGGGGAGCUUUACUUAGUGCUUGCUAUGAUUGUGGAAACUCCGAGUUGGGUAAACUGGCUGCUCAAAAAGCUCUCCAAUUGGACCCCCAGAAUGUUGGAAUUCACAUUAUGUUAUCAAAUAUAUAUGCUAAGUUGGGUAGGUGGGACGAGAUUGGCCAAUUGAGAGAACUGAUGAAAGAAAAAGGAUUGAAGAAGGACGUUGGCUGUAGUUGGAUUGAGGUCACAAGUUGAAUGGAGUGGAAUAGAUUCUGGAGGAGAAUCAUAUUUUAAGACAAUGGUUUCCAUUUCAUUGAAUGAGGUUCCAUACUAUGGGGCUUGCCCCAGUGGCCUGAAAUGACAAAUAAACGAAUGAUUUCAUCUAAUCACAGUUCUAAUCUCAAAGGCAAGGAAAAGAUGAACAGCUUGCUGGUUACUGAUUAAUAAUCUAAGAAUCUUGCUGAUUGUGUAAGCUGGAGAAUGAGAUGCCCAAAGAGGAACAUGGCAAUAGUAACUAUUAGUUGUUGUUGUAAACUUUCCAGGGUCAUACAAGGAUAGUGAGAUAUUAAAACUGGUUAUUGGCUGCCUAAGGGGUAGUUAAACUGGUUCCUUCAAAUGCAAGGAUUGAUGUCAUGCCAUCAAAUUUGUAUGAGUUUGAUUCAAUAUUUACGGUCAGCAAUGAAGGUAAAAUCUCCCUUUACAGUUCUCAGUUCCUAGUGAAGAAUGAGCUGCCAAAGAUGUUCACAUACUUAUUCAGCUACAGGGGGCUGAUUUUGCCAUCUUUUCCACAUCGAAGGAAAAAGUUCCUUAGUCAUGUUCAUAUGUGACUUCUUUUUCAAUUGCUUUAUUGUACUUGAACUCUGAUGUAAUCCUUCUUCAAUCAAUUUAAUUUCUUCCUUUUAGCUC